AUGUCCAAGACGGCGAGCGACUCGAGACCAUGGGUGGAAAAGUACCGGCCGCGCAAGAUUGCGGAGGUCUCCCAGCAGGUUGAAGCAAAGCGGCUUCUGUCUCGCAUAAUUGAAACAGGAAAUAUGCCACAUUUACUAUUCUUCGGUCCUCCCGGAUCCGGAAAAACAUCGGCAGCCUUGGCACUUGUCAAAGAGCUCUUCGGGCGAGAAGACGCUAAGACGCGACUGUUAGAACUCAAUGCGUCCGACGAAAGAGGCAUUCGAGUUGUUCGUGAAAAGAUCAAGAAAUACACUCGAACAAACACUCCGAAGGGAAAGAUCAACCCAGAAACUGGCAGGGAAAUGCCACCUUGGAAGGUCGUGAUGCUGGAUGAAGCAGAUAUGAUGACACCGGAUGCGCAGGCAGCUUUACGACGAAUCAUGGAAGCCUUCGCGCGGAACACACGAUUUAUUAUCAUAUGCAACUAUGUCCACAAAAUAAUUGAUCCUCUUUUCAGCAGAUGUUCUCCUCACCGGUUUGAACCCGUGUCUCCUGAGGCUCAAAUCGAGCGUCUUCAGAUGAUUUGCAAGGCAGAGAGUUUGACAGUAGCGAGCCGAGCACUCGAACGCCUCAUGAGUCUCACAUGCGGCGAUCUACGCCGCGCCGUCAAUCUCUUACAGUCUGCAGCAGGUAUUCACCGCACAAUCACAGAGGAUGCAAUUCUAGAGGUUGCCGUUCACCCCCCUUCAUACGUCGUCCAAAGUGUCCUGAGCGCCUGCGCGACUUCUCCUGAUGCUGUCAACGAGAUAGCAGAAGAAGUUGCAAAUCAGGGCUGGGACGUGGCGCUGCUACUUCAAGAGAUGGUUGUGGAAGUUGUCAAGUCAGAUCAUCUCUCCGAUUUGCAGAAGGCCACAAUUCUCCAUGAACUCGGUGUUACAGAGUUCGCUGUUUUGCAAGGUAGGGAGUUGCUGCCCCUUGCAAUGAGCUAA